AUAACACAACGGCAGCGCCGCUUAUUCUUGACGUCAACAUCUAGAAAACUGAAGCCGUCGAAAUUUUGAAAUCCCUCGGCAGUUAAGGUAAACACAAGUUUAAGUAACUGACCAUGGGUUACGGCCUAAACAAAUUUGUGAACCACGUGGAUCAAAAUCUGCUUUGUAGUAUUUGCGCCGGUGUUUUACAGGAAGCGGUUAUAACACCUUGUGGACACUCGUUCUGUGAUGAAUGCUUGCAUAUAUGGCUAAGCAGACCCAACACAACGACUUGUCCUUCCUGCCGCUCCGACGUUCCACCUUACGAUGUCAUUCCCGUGUUGGCGUUGAGAGGAGUCGUAGAGGGCCUGGCGGUACACUGUGAUAAUGAUGAACACGGUUGUAAAAUGGUUUUAAAACUGGAAAAACUACCAGCCCAUUUACAAGAGUGCGAGUUUGCGUUGAUUGAGUGCGGCGCGUGUGGGAAAAGCGUGAAACGGUUCGAGUUACCAGACCAUCACGAAGAGUGUGAGAUUAUAAAAAAUUUGGUUGCAAAACACACGAAGACACAGAAAGAAGAACUCACCAUCGAUAACCUUACAAAACAGAUUGCACUGCUGGAAGUGGAUUUAAACAAGACUAAAACAGCUUUGAGAGAAUCAGAGGGGGAUGUGCGCCGGGUCAAACGGGAACUGAGAGAAUUACAAUUUCAGUUGGAGGUGAGAAUGUCAGAGGAGCAAGAAUUUGAUCAAGACUGGGACCCGGAAUAUAACUAUGGGUAUUCUCCCUCAAGCAUCGCCCAACUUGCUAGUUUGGUGUCUCGAUAUCUUUUGAACAAACCGUAUUACGUUGACAGGAAUCGCAUUUUUAACGCGAUCAAACGCUGUUAUGAUUACUACCACGGGUACGCUGGUUAUUCACAAGAUGUACACAUGUUACUUGCUGCGAGUUAUGCAAGUAAUUGGUUCACGGAGAACCAACGAUCAAACUUCGAUUCGUGGCUGCAAAAUCUUGCGCGAGCUCGGUUUUUGAUUUCAAACUAAUGACUUGAUCGCGAAAGAUCGCUUUUGUUUUCAACGUCAGGCGAUAAAUUUGCAUUUUUCCAGCAUGACUUAAACAUUGAUAUUGAAAAUGUUCGCCGCAUUUCAUGUAAUAUUCCAGAUCAAAGAAGUGCUGUCGUAAAACUUAAGGUUAAUAUUUGUUGUAAGAUUUUUAAAUUACUUAAAAUCUUUGUCAAAGAGACUAAUUAAUCUGUGACAGCAGGUUGAACUCAGAGAUCUUUACAAAUUG